CUUGGUUUGCUUUUUGUAUUUAUAAAAUUUCUUUUGGGAUUACAACCACAAUCGAGGAGUGAAAAGAGUCUCAUACAGAGAGAGCUGUAAACGGAGUAAGAAAUGAAAGCAUUGAAAAUAGCAGAUUUGCUGAGACGGACUAGCAGAAAAGAAGACACUAAAAGCUUAUGCACAGAAUUAGAGGAUUACCUUUCAGGAGUCUUUCAAGGUGUGAAAACUGGUUUUAUUGAAGAGAGGGGAGUAUGUGACAGAGUAAUGAGAGCUUGCAAUGAACAAUUGGUGGAAAAGAAACAAUGCCCUGCCCACCUACAAAACCUUGUGAACUUUGCAGAUCUGGCCUGUCGGGGAUACAUGGCUUGUGGACCUCAGCAGAACCCUCUCUAUAUAGAGAAAAUUCUUUACCACUUGCUCAAGAACAUCAUCUCACAAGGAGCUUCCAAUGAUUGUUUGAUAUUUUCUCAACAUCUCUACAAUUGCCUUUUGACCUAUAGCUGUAUCGAAAGCCAAAGUGAACUACUUAAAGAUUUUGAGGCCCUUACUAAGAGUUGCUUCAGUGCCCUUUGGAAAGGGGCAGAAAAUGUGUCUAAAGUGUUGGGGUAUCAAGCUGCGUUUUCUCACAAGUUGCAUGCUAUACGUUUCUUGAUCUUUCUGGAAGGUGUAGUCCCGUUGACUGAGUCAGAUGAGCCUGCUAACUUUCUUUCUGUUGUUGCUCGGCAUACAGCUUCUGCUUCUGGACUGUGGGGAAACCAUAACUGCCUGAAACAGAAUAAUGCAAUUCUCAUGAGUGAGGACAUUUUUAAAUUACUCAUCGAACCCUUGAUGCAAGAAAUUCCCUGGUCUGAGACUUUGCAGCUUCAGAAAUUAUUUUGUUUAUUUGAACUUACACUGCUGAACUGCAAGCUGCUGUGCAAAGUAAAGUGCUACAAAGAAGGGCAAGAAACAGUAAUAAAGGCUCUGAACAUCCUUCUGUGUGCCAAUAAGUCAAGUUCUGUAUUUAUUUCAGCUUUCAGACUGUGUGUGUUUGCAACUGGCUUGCAACAAGCCUCUGAGAGAGGGUCCCUGGAGAGUGCAACUUUUCUUGCAGAUGCUGCUGCUACUCUUUGUUCUUUAUCCACAAAAGACUGUAGUCUCUUGGAGCAAAAAGUUUUACUUGAUUGUUGCAAUUUUUUCGUUUCCACUGUAGAGAAAUGCUUCAAGAGUGAAAAUGGCAAAAAAGAAUACAGUACACAAUCGGUGCUAAACCUUUUUUGCUUCUUGGAGAAGUACUGCCCCUUACUUCAGAAAUUGAUGGACAAGGCAAUUCGUUGUCGACCUAAGACCCAUAAACUUCUGAAGCAGUUUUACUAUCAUUGUCUGCAGCUGUUCUGCACCGUGAUGAGCUACAUUUUGCAAGUUCCUAAGGAGCGUGGUUCUGACCACCAACAGUUGAUUUCCAAGUGUUGCAGUGUAGCUGAGUGGAUGGUGGAUGGUCUGCAAGAUAUGUCAGAGGAAGAUCAAAUGGAGUACAUAAACCUGACAGCUUCUUGCAUCUAUAGCCUAGCCUAUAGCUUGUACAAUCAAAGGUUGUAUUCCGAGGCAUCUUCUGUAAUGGGUUCUUUUUGCAAACGACUUAGCAUAGCUGUUAAAGUUCAGUUGUCAGCAUUUGAAAAGUUGCAGAAAUGUUUCAAAUUAUUAGUGGAAAGUUGCAAAAAGGCUGGCGAAUACAACCUUGGGCUUAACUACAUUGGAACUUGGCUCACAACUUUGCAUGAAAACAUUGGGUUAUUUACACCACCAGUUUCUCAUUGGGUCCGUCUGAAAGCAGAUGCAGCAAAAAAUGGGCAAGAGGAGCUACGACUUGUAACUCUUAGAGAUGCACUUGAAAGUGGUGAUGUACAACCAACUGUCAUGGUUGCCAUCCUAGAUGAGGAACUGAAAGCUUACAAGUCUCUUCAUGCUAAUACAAGACAGGAGCGCUUCAAUGUAAUCUGUGACCUCUUGGACAUCUGCUCUGAAGAGAGUGGACUUCUGCAUGAACGCGCAUUUUAUCUGAUUGAAUUGGCACAGGUUCUGUGCUAUGGUGACUUCUCUGAACACACCGACUGUUCAGCACUGGAUUCUGUGAGUGAGGCUCUCAGGCUGUUGAAUUUGUUACCAGAAACCCCCGACAACCAAAGCAGACUGCUGGAUGAUAAAGCACAUGGUUCACUCUGGCUAUAUAUCUGCACUUUAGAGUCUAAAAUGAGGGAGAGCAUUGAGAGAGACCAAAGAAUUUUGCGUUUAGGAUCCAGAGGACGGGGAACCUUUGAGGAGUUCAAAUCCAAUGACCUGAACUAUGAAGAUAAACUUCAGGAUGAGCAGUUUGUGCAAGACGGCAUUGCCUUCAACCUUGAGGGAGAAUCUGGUCAUUCUAAAUAUCUGGAUGAUGCUCUUGCUGAUUGGAAGAAACUCAUUAAUUCUGUGUACUGUGUUCCUGCAGUUCGUAACACAGAACAGACCAUAGCGUCCAUUCAUAUCUUGGCAGCUCUGUAUAGGCUGAUUGGACGGCCUUUGCAAGCUGUUGAGAGUUGCUUGCUUGUUUUGAGAUUAGCAGAAGCCCUUUCAGAUUCAUUUGCUGUGGUAAAAGCUUUGUGUCAGCUCUCGAAGCUCCUUUUCAUGCUAGAGUGCCCCAGCUAUGCUGAGAUUUAUUUGGACAAGGCUGAAGAUGGUCUACAGUUAGCUGACCUUGACAACGAUGGAUACAUGUUAAUGAAACUUACAUGCGCUCUCCUCCGUAGUCAGCUUUACUGUGUCACCAACAAGGCUGAAGAAGGGCUGAACCUUUUGCUUGAAAUUCUCACAGCUCCCUCUCUCCAAAAGUCUUCUAAAGUCUGGUAUCUACUGAAGGCAGAUGCACUACAGUUAGUGGGUACUUACCUGAGUCUGCCAGUCACAAUUCUCCCAUUGCACCUCCGCCACAGACUGCAAUCUCAAGGUUGGAAGACUCCUGAAACUGCCUUUACAGAUGCCCACAGACUACUAUGCAGCAUUAUAAUUCUUUUGAUUGGAAAUGGUGUUUUGUCCUCCCAGAAAUCCAGCAUUGAAGUUACCUUUUCAGAUCAUGGUUCCAAUUUGCUGCAGAAAUGGCAAGUAUUUUCUGACCUCCUAACCUGUUCACAGAGGCUAGUUUCCUUACUUGGAAGAGUGGGUUGUGUAUGUGAAGCAAAAGCAUUCUGCCUGGAAGCUCUCAAUAUUUCCACAAAACUUCAUCUUGUAAGGGGUUCUGGAGAGUUCCUCAUAGCUAAAGCCACACUCGAACUGCAGCGGAAUGAGCCAGAACUAAGUUACAGUGACUUGCAGCAAGUCCUCUUCCUAGUUGAAUCAUGUACAGAUUAUGGUACUAAGGAAAUUCCUAAGGAGGUGAAAAUAAAAUUAAAGAAAGGUCAAACAUCUGGGAAGACUGCUAAUAGUGCAGCAGCUGAAAAAUCCAAGGAUGAGGAGACUUCACCAGAUUUUCUGAAAUGUCCCUCUCUCGAAUUUAUUGCCACUGUAAAUGGAGAUAAGGAAGGAGCCCUGACUGCUUCCCCUAUUCUGAAGUCAAAAACAAAAAAGCGUUUGGCAAUCUUGUCUCAUGCUACAAACUGUUCUUGUGAGUCAUGCUCUGACAUUGGACUUUCACUUAUUUCCACAAAAUGGGCAGUUGUUUUCAGUGAUGCGGAAGCAGCAUCAGGAAACAAAGUAGAGAGUCAGAGGCUUCUUGAGAUGAGCUUGAAACGUUGUCAGAUACUCACAUCACGUUUUUCAUCUGUCCUCUGUAACAUAUUAUCUGAUGAACAUGCAGGAAAUUUGCCCAAGAAAGGUAAGCUGGGUAGUCUUUAUCCCAUGGGACUCUUAUGUGAUCUGGCUUCUGGCAUUUACUCUCGCCUAGCUAGGCUUUUUCUAAAUAAUGAAGUAGAGAAAAGAGCAUGGGAUGCCCUUUCAGCUGGCUUUGAAUUUCUCACCUCCAAGAUGGUGCUACUUGGUGAUCUAGAACACUCUAAGGCAUGUAUGUUGCUCAUUAAAGCUAUAACCUCUAUCUGUACAAUGGCUACACAUCGUCACUGUGGCUGGGCAGACAUCUUCCCAGUGUGGACAUGGAAGUCCUCAUGCCUUUCUGUUCCUGAAAAAAAGAGUAGGUGUUCAAAGUUAUCUGACAGUGGUAGCAGAACAGAGACUGAGAAGAAACCAGUCAAGGAGAAAACAAAAACUUCUGUAAUUACAAAAAAGCAAGGCACUGCAAAGACUCAAAUUUCAAAACUGCCUCCGUUAUGUAGCAGGGAUCCAUUUUUAAUGGAGGACUCUGACAGUGACAUCCCCAAAAUCAAUAUCAAAACUUCAGUGAUCCCAGCUUUCAAGACACCUACACAUAAAGAUCCACAGGUAUCAAAAUCGUGUGGAAACCUGAAACCUGCAGUUAAUGCCAAGCUUUGUUUCCAAGUGUUUGAGGAGAAUUCACCUAAUUUGAAACAUACUGCACCAAAGGCACCCAGAGUGUCAAAGAAAGUCAGAUCACGUUUCCAGGUGCAGUUCAGUGAUGACAGUGAUAAUGAGGAUAUUAUUCAAGGCUCCCAAAAAGAUUCAGAUGAUGUCGCAUCUUCAGGACAGACUUGUACUGUAAGUAAAGAUUCCGUAGCUUGUAACAAAAAAGGCCAGAGAUGUGGUAAAAUAAGUGGACAUCAAUGGACUGGAGUCCUAAAAACACAGAAGAGAGGCAGGUUAGUGUCUGCUUCAGUAGAUUCUAUUGCAGAAGAUCGUGAGCAAAAGAGGAUCCCAGCUUCAAGGAAAAUUACACAGAGAGCAAAAAGUUCAUCAGAUGAAAAUCUGGUAGGCAAACAAGAAUCUGAUGUAAUGAGAGAGAGUGCAGCUCAUAGAAGCUGUGCUUUUAAAUCUGCUGAGUCUCCAAAGUGUAAGGAGGAGAAAUAUUCUAGAACAACUAGGACGGCAGCAAAGCUAGCAAAUGAAGUAGAGUUGAUGCGCACCAUCAGAGAAGAAGAGACUGAAAAUUUGGAACACAGUCUUGAGAUUCUGCGUGGAUCAGAUGGAGAAGAUUCUGCAGAUCAGCUGAGUUCAGAUCAGAGAAAGGGGUGCACAGAAAAAGAUGCUUUGGAAAUGGAAUGCGAGAUACUACGACGUGAUAUAGGGAGAGAACAAGGAGAAAGCAUCCUGAUAGGCCGUAAGGUCAGCAGUCUAACCCCCUUGACCUCACACCCAGCAUCUGCUACAGUGUUCCCUGCUAAUGGUGCAUCUUUGGAAGAUAUUUUCAGCAUCUUACAGGAAGCCUACCAUUCUGUGAGCCACUGUCCUCCAAGUGCUUUCUACUCCCAGCUGUGUUGCCUUAUGGCUAUGUGUACUGGGGAGAAGGAUCCCUACCUGACAGCAUAUCUGGUUUCCGAGUCCAUCUCUACAACAAUACGACAUCAGAUGAUCACCAACAUUCAUCGUAAACUUUGUAAAACAAAAAAAGAUCUGGUUUCAGAAGUAGCUGAUAAAAUGCAAGAGCUGAAUAUCAAUGAAGGGGAGGAAGACAGAGUCCAGAGAUUUUCUGAGGUGGAGCAGCUAUUUGAGUUUCACUGUAGCGGUCCUAGCAACUUUCCCCAACAGGAGAAGGAAGCCUUCAGGGGAAUGGUAGAACAAAUACCAAAUGGUGUGGUUGUCUGUGUGCUGUCCUUGGCCAGUCUUCAGCCUGGAACCAUUGGAGACAGCCUGCUUUUGUCUCGGUUGGAGAAGGGGUGUCUUCCAGUAACAGUUCAUAUAUCAACUUCAAAAGCACAGAUGUCCCUCAGUUCAGCUGUGUGCGAGUUUGAUGCCAUUAUGAAGGAGCAGAAAGCAGUAUGUAACCUGACUGAUAAGCGGGAAUGGUGGGAGGGAAGAAUAGAACUUGACAGAAGGAUGAAGCACUUGAUCGAAUCAAUGGAGGAUGGACUGUCUUGUUGGAAGGGAAUGUUGCUGCCUGCAGUCAAAGACCUCAGAGCGAAUGAAGAGGCAGUUAACCUACAAAAAAGGCUAGUACAGCUGGGCUGGAAAGAUGCUGAUGCAGAGAUGUUAAAGGUUGUCUUGAGUGGAGCUCAUCUUCUGUCUCCACAGUGUGUGAAAGCCUUUGUUAAUGGACUGAGCCAGCAUUUUACAGAUGAUGCCACUAAAAUACUGCAGACAGCAGUGGACAAAGUGAAGCACUGGACUAGAUCAACGAAAGGGCACUUGGUUCUUGUGCUUGAUAAACACUUGCAAAAAUUGCCCUGGGAGGCUGUUCCUGCUUUGCAAUCCUCAGUUGUAACGAGACUGCCUUCUCUUCGCUUCCUGCUGAGUUACUCUGUUAUGAAAAAGUUCCAGUCAAGAUCUGUGCUGACAAAUGGUGUGGAUCCCAGCAGAACAUUUUAUGUAUUAAAUCCUCAAGCCAACCUGCCUUGGACAGAAGAGCAUUUCAGGGACUGGUUUAAGAGUGAGACUGGAUGGCAGGGAGUAUGUGGAGAAGCCCCUACUUCUCAGCAGCUUCAGUCAGCGCUGUCUACUAAAGACAUGUAUAUUUAUGCUGGACAUGGAGCCGGAGCCCACUUCCUCGAUGGGCAGUCUCUUCUGAAGCUGGAGUGCCAUGCAGUUGCACUACUAUUUGGGUGCAGUAGUGCUGCCUUAGCUGUCCGUGGACAACUGGAUGGAUCUGGCAUUGUUCUGAAGUACAUUAUGGCAGGAUGUCCACUCGUGUUGGGUAACCUUUGGGAUGUGACUGAUCGUGAUAUUGACCGUUACAUGGAGGCACUCUUGCAGAGUUGGCUGAAAGCUGGAUCCAAAGCACCACUCCUGGAUUAUGUUGUUCAGUCUCGACAAGCACCCAAGCUCAAGCACUUGAUUGGAGCUGCACCAGUAGUGUAUGGAUUGCCCGUCUCUCUACAGUAAGGGAUUUCUUGCCUUCCGAGGGAACAAUCAAAAUAUGGACUUAGCUGCAUGGAGAGAUGGCUUCAAAUUAAGAUUGACAUAACUGAACUGUGCAGUAAUUUAAAAGGGUUAUUUAUUGGAAUGUGAUUUUUCUGAAGCAGUCUUUGUUACUAAAUGAAAUGCUAAGGUUUCUGAAUCAAGGAAGUGUUUGUAUAAAUUACAGUACUUAAAACCUAUGUCAGCUUGUAAGUUAUUCCCAAAACACUUCCCCCAAAAAAACCAGCCCUUUUUCUGUGUUAAAAUUAUACUUAAAAAAAAAUCUGUUUUUCCUGACAAAUGGCUUAUUUUUUAUUUACUUUAUAAAGCUACAAAUUACAAGCCGUUUACUUGCUUAGUCAUUACAGCCAUUGAUAAAUGAACUUAAGGCAUUAUACAAAACUGAAAUCCUUAAUUUGUCUUGAAAGUAAACCUUUAACUAAAACAUUUAAGUCACAGUUUCAGUAAAGCAGACAAAACCGAUGUUUGAAUAAGAUUGUGUAUAUAUAUUUUAAACUAGGAAGGUUGUUUUUCCCUUUAUCACCAUGUUUUAACAGUGUUUUACCUAUGAUUUCCUUGAAUUGUGAAUUGUUUGGUGUGAUGGAAGCCUCUUUAAUUUACAAAAACCUUCCUAGUUCCCCCACAUCAGAAUUCUGUUUUAAUUUUUGUCAGAUGAAUAUAUAAACCACUUUAAGUGCAUUUCCCCUUUCAUCAUUUCAGGUUUCCCUUACUGUUCUAGUUCUUUGUGCAAUAUUUUAUAACAUGGAUCUUGUCUGUACAUGGGGAAAAUUGCCAUCCUGAAAGCUAAGGUAGAGACAUCCAGUAGGUGGCAGGCUAAUAGCAUGGACGUUCGGGGUGGUAAUGUUUUUGAUCUUACAGAUAUUCUGGUUUUGCUCCACUCACCUACCUCCAACAUAGAUGUGCAGUGAAUCGUUUGUACUCCCACAGUGUGUUUCAGGAUAUGUUCCUGUAUGCAGUGUCCUGUACAUUGGAAUAAUAGUGUCUGGGCCUUAAACAGAGGUCAUUUAUCAUCAAGGUCCUAACACUCCUCAAGGAAAGAAACUGUUCAUUAGACCUUUUCCUAUUGAAACAUACCUUUCUGGGUUUGUUUCUACUGUUCAGCAUUUGCACAAAUAUGUUUUUCUGUACUCGUGGAUAUCUUUAUAACAACUAAAAGUUGUAAUCCAGACAGAAUAGUAGCAGUUUAAGUGCUCUUUUGAAUUGAUAAAUUCUGGACCGAUUUUCAACACACCGAUAAAAAUGAGUGAAUUUGAAUUGCUCAUCUGUAGAUACAGGUUUAUUUUGUCCAGCUAAGCCAGAUAAUUUAUUUUAUUAAAUUGGUGUUUAUACAGUUUAUAUGCUUAAUAAAAAGAUUUUAAUACUU